AAGGAAACCCCCACUUGAAAGCAUCAUAACACAGGCGGUGAUUCCAUUUCCAAGAUGAUCGACUUUGUGGGAAUCGUUUUUGCGAUUUUAAUCGUCAUAGGUGGCAUCGUCGGCUAUAUGCGAGCAGGCUCAGUUGUUUCGCUGUAUGCUGGAUUGAUUUUCGGCGUAGCAAUCGGGGCCGGUGCAUGGUGUAAUUCGCUACAGGAACCAUUCCCAUACGUACAGCUGGUCGUACUCUCGUUGCUGAUCAUCGUAAUGAUGGUCCGGUUCUACAAAACCAGGGCAUUUAUGCCGCCGGGAAUGAUACUACUGCUAUCACUGUGCGUCAUGGUGUGGACGGUCUUCAUCUAUGGUGACUAUUUCAGUUUUAUCUCCGGUUCAAACGACAAACCAAUUCCGGUAAACGGCACAAUUAACGUACCCAACGAUGGUCGUACACUAGAGUGACAUUCUAGAGCGGGAGACUGUGGACUAGCUUAUUGGGCUUGACCUGUAAGCACAAGGUUUCAAAAUGGGAGAGCGCAUUUUGUAGGGUAUUUACGUCUAUGAAUGAGUGUGUGUUUAAGAACAUUUUCGCUACAUAAUUAUUACGAUAUUACUUGCCAAGAAGAGAACUAUUGUCGCUUGAAUCGUUGUAAAUGUUGUGCCAAAAAUAACAAUGAUACGCAUCCAAUUUUUAGCAAGAAGGUGACUAGAAGCUGAACUCAAACCACAAUCUCGAAUCUCAGGAAAUCGUAACUUUUGAAAUCGAUAUUUUUUAGUGUCGUAUGUAGAUACUAUUCUGGAGCACACAGAACGUAUGGAAUCGAACGGAAGAGGAGUAGAGAUACAUCGAUGUAAAACUGCAUCAAUUAUGUUGCAAUUUGAAGCACGUUAUUGAACGGUUACAGGAACAUAUUACGACACAAAAGUUAAGUUGAACAAAGAUCACAGAGGCAUUCUAUACAAAAUUUUGAGAUCAAUAAAAUUGAUU